AUGGCGAGAGGGUCUUCUGAACCGUUGUCAGAGGAGGAAGAUGAAGAUUUCGAAGAGCCUUCUUGUUCUCAGGACUCUGAAAAAGAGAGCGAAACGGAAAUCGGGGAGAAUAUAGGGAAACGGACCAAGGACCGGAACCGAUACAAGUGAGUUUUGUGAUAAGAUAAGAUGUUUAUGAGCAAGGAUUUGAAUGAAACAUAGCUCAGAUCUGUUCAAAUCGUCCGGCUGCCAAACGGUAUUUCGGUGAAACGUUUUCGAGAGACACUUCGAAAAUUUGGAAAGGCCUGCGGAGAUGCGCAGAAUUUUUCAAAACUUUCCCCUUUUUUAUACUUUUCAAUGUCAACCGCAUAAUUACGAAGUAGUUGCCCGAAAAGAAGAAUAUUUACAAAUUUCCUGUCUCUAGAAGAGACGGCAGAGUGUUAACCUGACGAUAGCCCCGCGACGGGGCGUGAGCUUCGACUUUUUCUUAAAUGAAAGGUUUCAGAUGCCCACACUGUGAUUAUCACACGCCUUACUCAUUACGUUUCAAAGAGCACUUGAGCACUCAUGAUAACGGUUAGUCAACACUGCUGGAAUAAUGUAAAAAUCAAAAAACUGGCUUCAUCAAAACUCUUCCUUUGGUUUCCAUCAUGGCUAUACAACCUUUUUCGAACAUGUUAUUGAGUUUUUGAAAGUUUAGUCUUGCCAUUAUCUCAGCGUAGCAAACUAGGAAAGUUUUUGAAAAUGGUUUUGCAAUUGUUUUUCGCGGCGUGAUAUUUUCAUUUAAUCAAGUUUGGAUGCUUGGAAAAAGUUUUUCGAAGCAAUAAUUUAAAAAAUAAUAAUAAUUUGGAAAGCAUAAAAGAUCGGUUUCUUUUUUCAGGAAGGUUUCGUUGUGAAGAAUGUGGCGAACACUUUGACCGCUAUCUACAGCUCAGAAGUCAUCGAUCCGUGGUGCAUCCACGAAUACAUAAAUGUUCAGAGUGCAACUAUUCUCACAAGGUCUGAAAUAACGAUAUUUAAUCGAUUUUAUUGUUCGUUCUGAAGAAACCUCACAUGGUUCAACGACACGCCUUCCAAAUGCACGACUCCGGGAUCCCGUGCACUGUCAAAGGCUGCACGGCGACUGUUGCCAAAAAUCGAUUAAAGUGAGAAUCUUUUUUCUUGUUUCAAAUGUUAUUUCUCAUUUUUUUUUUCUCGGGUUAUCUGUUGAAUUUUUUUUUCUCCAACAAAAAACCACGUAGAUAGUUCGAUCGUUUAACGUUUUCAAUUUUCCUUUUUUUCUGUUAUUUUUCAAAAGUGUUCAAAAACAGUGCUGAAUCUUUAAAAAAACGCAAAAACCUUACAUGAUUUUAAAUAACACUCAAUUGCUCCGCUUUCAAGCUUCAUGCUACGGGAAAAAACCCAGAAAGAAUUUUCCGAGAGUACUGUAUUUUCAUUUAUUUUCAAUUUCAACCAAAUUAUGUUUGCCUUUUUCAGACGACAUUUACUGGAAGCUCAUGGGAACGAGAAAAUCUUCAUCCAGUCUCCGGUCGCUCGGAAAAAAAUCAAGAUGGUAAAGCAGCAAUGUCCCUUUUGCUCCUACGAAACGCCGGAGGACUGCGAUCCUUCUCUCCGUGGAGACGAUAUGAAUCUCCAUAUCAAACAGUCAGUUUUCAAGGGUUUUUUUUUGAGUAACUUGGCAAGCGUAUGCAAAAUUUUGGAUGUCAUGUAUUUUAAACCGUGAAGUUAAGGCCCGUAUCCUAUGACAAAAAAAUAAUCUACUUCAAUUUUUAGUGCUCACGAAGAAGGCGUUCUGUGCACUGUCGACGGUUGCAACGAGAAGAUUCUUCUCGGCGAAUUUCAGGCCCACGUCGAAUCUGUACACGGUGACGAGCGUAGCAAUCCCAAUGAUCCAUGUACUAUCAAUCAACGACUAAUGCCACAUAAUAAUCGCUCCUAGACCUUCCCGAAGACUUUCUACGAGAUUUGGCAACGGUCACCGACACGGCCACAAGUUCUUCGGCAUUGUCUUCUGGAAUCGACGACGAACAUUUUUUUGAGGAUUUUUCGGAAGAAGAAGGUUACUCUCUAGAAGUUUUCCGUCAAGAUUUUCUUCUCAGAAUGUUCUGAUGAUGAUCUGAACGAGAAGAAAGGUUCCAACAAACUGGGGAAGGUGCACGACUCUGUGGGCGUCUUCGAAUGCUUGAAAUGCCGGAAAUUGUUCAUGAGUUCAAUGAAACUCAAAAGACAUGUGCGGAGGGUCGGUUUUUGAAUUUCACAAGAACUUUGGUCGCGAAGAAAUGCGAUGUUCUCGCAAACAUUGAAAAGUGAACCGGCUAUAACUUUGAACUCUUUAAGAGGUCACUCAACUUUUGGUCUGAGAGUCUCACAAAGAUAUAUUGGUCAUCAAUCAAAAAGUAGAUACCCGAUGAGAUAGCUGUCGGUAUGCUCUCCGGUUUCAUGAUUUCAAAACUCCCUUUGACCUCGCAAAUGAAGAUAUCAUUGGGAUAGUAUUCGAGUGCACCCAAAUAGUAUGUAAACAUAAUAAAGUUAGAAUCGGUAAGCUAUCUUUUGUUUGAACUCCAGCAUACCCGAUUCAAUUUGAAAGUACACUCUGGUAGUUAAUUUUGCGGAUGCUUCGUUUGGCCAGUGAUUAAUCUCUGGAAAUAAGGAGUUUUUUAGUUUGAUCAUACGUUGGCUGGAUCCCACCCCGGCGUGCGGUCUACCCUCCGAAAAGUGCGGCCUAUUUCAGUACAUUUCCAAGUUUUUUUUUCGCGCUCAAAAGACUGGGGUGGAAUUUAGUCGAUGUAUGAUUUUGAUAGCUUUAGCAUCAGUACACGAAUAAGCCUUUUUUUUUAGCCAUUUUUAAGAAAGGGGUGAAAGGCUAUUGAACUAACUCAUUAUCGCUUUUUUUUUUGCGGGUCUUCAAGAGUUUUUUCACUUCUUAGGAAUUUUCAUAAGUGCCUUUCAGGUUCAUGAAAAAGCCUACGCCGAGUGCAAAGAAAGCAGUAGAAACAAAAAACGCUACGACUGUGGUUUCAUGACCGAAUCGGGAAAAGUUUGCGGAAAGUCGUUUGCCUCGCCAACACUUCUCCAGGACCACAUGAAUCUUCAUUCUGGUUAGUUACGUUCGGCCAAUCCUCUGCAGCUUCAAUAAAAAGUGAAGUUAUUGAAAAAGCAACGGAAAGUUUUCUACUUCCAGUUUUUGGAAUGAUUCGCUAUUCUUUGGUUUUUUUUCGCGUAUUGAUUUCCCUUCUGGCUUAUAGAUCCUUUCUUUUGGAUUUUUCCUCUCAUCAGCCAAGCUAAGCUGCGAUCCUUCUUCAUCUUCGAAGAUCCUCAGUUUUGAGUCUUUUUCAGGUGUGAAGCCUUAUUCCUGUGUCCAGUGCUCCCAGUCUUUCCAUGCGAGAGCGCGAUUUGCCGUUCACCUCUCCAAGUACCACCAAACUAGUAUCAAAAACUAUGAAUCGGUGGCGGCUCUUCUGCCAAAGUUAUAG